GUACCAGAAGGGGAGCGCAUUUCCGCGUUGUCUCUUGCUGCGCUUCACCCCCCCCCCUCCUUUUCUGUUGCACGGUUGUGUUGUUGUAGACAAACAAGAACCAAAAGAGAGAAAAAUAAACGAAGCGCUACAAAGUUAGCAAAGAUGAAGUCGUUUUCUGUAUGCAGCCGUGCUGGCGCUGUGUCGGCCACGUGGGCGGCCUCUCGUGCGUUUGUGGCGCAGCCCACCGCCCUUCUCCGCGGCUUGGAGCAGCUGCAGGACGUACCAAGCUCUACCGACCGCAAGCCCACCGGUAUGCACCGCGGUCCAGGGAAGCGCCAGACCGCCCCGAAGGAGGCGGCGCAAUACCAAUUUAUCAAAAAGUGGGACCUUCAAAUGCGCGAGUCGUGGGACGACCUAGAGCCCUUCAAAGGACUCGCCAAGCCAAAGGCUCAGUUUGGCAACGAGGCGGCGGAGGUUAUCUGGCCAUACGCGCUGCUUCUCGAGCACGUGAUUAAGGUCCACCCCUACACCAAGUCCAUCUACGUCUAUUAUAGUCAGCGCCAGAGCUCCGCGCAGGGCCAGCUGGCGGCGAAUGCGGCGAAGCGGGUCGCGCAGGAGUACCUGAUCCCCAUCACCUUCCAUAACUCCCAUGUGUACGUGGAGACGGAGAUGCUGCUCGAGUACAGCGAGACGCCGUGGGUGGUUGUGAACUGCCUCGACGGCUCGCACCAGGUGAUCCCUAUCAAGCCACAGGAGGGCCAAUCCGUUAAAGAAGGGGCGGAAGAGGUGCUCCACGCCAUCGUGCAGGCCUGCAACGCCAUGGGAAAUGCCGUCAAGAACCCGAAAGAAGUCAUGCGUGUCCUGAGCGAGCGCCCACUGCAGAAUCAAUACGUUCGGGUGAACUACCAGUGGUACGGCGACACCCCGGAGGAGCGGAUGAGCCAUCUGGUAAAGUGGGACUUUGAGCCGGAGAACGUCGCGCCACAGCUGCACAACCGCACAAUGCACGUCCUCGAUUGGAUGAACUACGAUGGCAAUUUGCCAACGCACAACUCCGUGCGGAUUAACGUGCGCCGCGAGGCCGCCCGCAUGCGCAAGCCGAACAUCGCGCCGGGACCUCGCACCUUCUUCAACUCUGCCGGCGCCCGUGCCAACGCACGCACUGCGCGCUUUAAUAAUUCUCGCUCACCGCAGUAG